AUGUCAGUUGUUCCGGAUUUCAUCAAGUUUGGCCCUCCGUCUGUAUCGCAUCCUUUCGGUAUCCAUCUAUGGCCUAUCUUCAAUAAAGCUUUCGAGUCAAUCGUGGGUUAUCCUGCUGACGACUUCCGUUUUAUCGAAAAUGUCACCCUUUUUAGUUCCACAAAUGAAGCUGUAGCUCUAAUCGUUCUUUACUACGGUGUCAUCUUUGGGGGUCAGGCCGUUCUGCGUGCUUUUGAUGCCAAACCCGUUCAUCUCAACGGUAUUUUCCAGAUCCACAAUUUAAUUUUGACCGUUGUCUCAUUCAUCUUACUCGUUCUUUUUAUUGAGCAGUUGCUUCCAAUGCUUUACUAUCACGGUCUUUUCUAUGCUAUAUGCUCUAGUGGGGCAUUCUCCCAGAAGAUGGUCACGUUGUACUACUUGAACUAUCUUGUCAAAUACUUUGAGUUCAUCGACACUGUCUAUCUCGUUUUGAGAAGAAAGGAUUUGAAGUUCUUGCAUACUUAUCAUCAUGGAAUUACUGCUUUCCUUUGCUACACUCAAUUGGUUGGUCAUACUGCUGUCGAAUGGGUUGUCAUCACCCUGAACUUACUUGUUCAUGUGUUAAUGUAUUUCUACUACUUUUUAUCCUCCAGAGGUAUUCAUGUUUGGUGGAAGCAGUGGGUCACCAAGGUCCAGAUCUUGCAAUUUUUGAUCGAUUUAGUCUUUGUCUACUUCGCUACUUAUACUUACUAUGCUAACAGAUACUUUGAUGGCUUUCUUCCUAACAUGGGAACUUGUCACGGUACCCCUGGUGCUGCUGCUUAUGGUUAUCUCAUCUUGAGUUCUUAUCUUGUUUUGUUCAUUUCCUUCUAUAUCCAUGCCUACAAAUCUCCAAAGAAGACAGCUACCAAGACUUCCAAGACUUCCCCAAAGACUGCCCCAAAGAAUGCCCCACAAACUGAUAGAAUUUCUAGGUCUAGAAAGGCCUAA